AAAGCAUUUCCUUGUAAACAAGUGCAUUCACUCAUGAUGAUGAUAAUGAAGACAAUGGAGCUUUAAAACCCAAAUCUCAGAUAUUUUUUUUUCAUUGUAGACAAGAAAUGAUAAAAGAGCUGAAUGGAAUGGCAGAAUCUGAAGCCACACAGAUAGGUCUGGACAUUUUCAGUGAAUUUCUGGAGGUUGCCAUUCACAGUAUUCUGUAUAACAGGGAACUAUAUCCUGCCGGUGUGUUUGAAAGGAGAAAAAAAUACAAUGUCCCUGUACAAAUAUGUGUUCAUCCCGAGGUUAAUCAGUACAUCACACAGGUUGUCAAUGGAAUAUCAGAGUUCAACUCAAGUAAUCAGCUUGAAAAAGUUGCUCUAGUAGUUUGCAAUAAGGAAUUACAGCCAUUAGAAAAGUUCAUUCUGGAGAUCAAUAAGCCAGAUAUGGCUCAAACCCAGCAGACAGACAGAUAUCUUUACCAGCUGGAGCAGUCGUUGAGGUCAUUUCUUUUGAAGAUAAACAUGGCUGACUCCCUCCUUACACCCCUCCCCGCAGACUGCACAUGGACAGUUCAUGCCACCACCAGUGAGUCCGCAGCUGCCAAGAGGUUUGACACAAACUUAGAGAACAAUUUCCCCUGGCUAGAGGCCUCUGAAAAAGAGACAACUAUGGACAAUGCCUCCAUACUUCCCUUGAAAUCAACGACUUCUCCCUACAUCAACAUGCAGAUGUAUGUGGAGGAAUCCAAAGAGUGUAAAGACAGCUGAUGCCUGGGAAGCACUAUUAUAUAAUAUAUUUUGAAAUGACAGAGAGAUCUCUGAAUUUUAUGUUGUGUUCAAAGAGGGGAAAAUGCCUCAAGUGCCUGAGAAUGAAUGUAUUAGGUAUAUAUCAGGAAAAAUAUAUCCUGGUUCCAUACUUUUAUAUCAUAAGUGAUGAAAUUAGAAAUGAAAAUUAAGGUUUUUGUACUUGAUUUACUGAAUUGUUCACCAGAGCUAACUUGGUUUAAUUAUUAUUGUCAGUCAGUGCAGCAAUAAUCAUUAGACAAGUUCAUAUCCUAUUUUAUUCUGAUUUCAUUUUCAAAGUUCCAUUUCCUGUUGUGCAUGUUUGCUAUGACGUUUAUGAUGUCAAUUAUAUUCUGUGACUGUCA